AGAGAGAGAAAGAGUUAGGGAGACUAUUUCUGUGGCUUUAGAUUCUUUGGGCGUAUAGUACACCGUCCCUACCAGCUUUCCCCGAGAAAAUCAAACCUCUGCAGCUCGCUGCCAUUCCCCUUUUUUUUAAUUUCUCAAUUGCCACUCCUAUUCUCCCUUUUUUUUAUUUCUUGAUUGCCACCACUAUUCAGUCACCUACAUCGAAAAGAAGGAAUUAGGGAAAAUUUUAUAAUGAUUUCAGAUGCUUAUAUUCACUCUUAGGGUAGAGGAGUAAUAGAUACAGACGUCAGACGCCGGAGGUAAUGGCGGUGCUCGCACCAUUGCUCUUCAUCUUUCUUGUUCUUGGUCUAAACUCCAUUAAUGGCGACACAGAUCCAUCCGAUGUCUCUGCCCUGGUAGCCAUGUAUCAAAGUAUGAGUUCGCCGGGACAAUUAACCAAGUGGAGUUCAAGCGGCGGCGAUCCCUGUGGAGAUAGCUGGAAAGGCGUCACAUGUUCGGGAGCAAGAGUCACAGAAAUAAAAUUACCCAGUCUUGGGCUUUCAGGGGGAAUCGGAUUCCAGCUUUCAAGUUUGACAUCGGUAACUGACUUUGAUGUAAGCAACAAUAAUUUUGGCAAUCAGAUACCUUAUAGCCUUCCUCCAAACGUGCAAAGACUAAAUCUUGCUGGAUGUGGAUAUACUGGCAGCCUUCCAUAUUCCAUAUCACAAAUGGCUUCUCUAAGAUACUUAAAUGUUGCCCACAAUCAAAUAAGUGGUCAAUUACCUGACAUGUUUGGGCAACUUCCAUCUCUUUCCAACCUGGAUCUAUCUUCUAAUUUAUUCACGGGUGAUCUUCCUCAAAGCUUCAGCUUAUUGUCAAGUGCUAAUAAUAUGUAUUUACAGAACAACCAGUUUACAGGCUCCAUUGAUGUUCUUGCAAAUCUUCCCCUCAAGACUCUGAAUGUUGCAAAUAACAAAUUCACUGGUUGGAUUCCAAGUCAAUUCAGAAACAUAAAUUUUCUAAAUGAUGGUAACUCAUGGAACUCAGGGCCUGCACCACCACCGCCACCUGGCAUCCCUGCACCUGAAGGUGGUGGUCAAACCCGCCAACCGAGCGGCGGCAUUACACCAUCUGCUAGCGGCUCUAAUGGCGGCAGAAAGAAAUCCGGUAUCAGUGGUGGAGCUAUAGCUGGAAUUGUGAUUUCCAUUUUAAUCGUGGCUGCAUUCAUUGUAUUCAUUUUAUUAAAAAGAAGAUCCAAAAAGUCAACAGAUAUAGAAAAAACCGAACCCCGAUCUUUACCUCCUGUUCCUCCACAGCAAGAUUCAAUCCAAGAUUCCUCCAUGGUCAACACAAAAUCAGUUGACCCUCCACCUGUCAUUAACCUUAACCUAAAACCACCACCAAUGGAUGAUAACAACAUCUCAUUCGAUGACAUUGACAAUGAUUUCACAGCUAAACCUAUAGUUGUUCCCAAAAAACAAAGCGUGGCCCCACCAGAUGCCACGUCAUACUCCAUAGCUGACCUUCAAAUAGCUACAGACAGCUUCAAUGGUGAUAACCUAAUCGGUGAAGGAUCUAUCGGGCGUGUUUUUCGUGCCCAAUUUGAAGAUGGAAAAGUUGUUGCUGUUAAGAAAAUUAAGCCAUCUGUUCUUCAUGGUCAAUUAUCAGAAGAUUUCAUUGAUAUUGUUUCAGACGUAUCAAGAUUACGCCACCCUAAUGUAACAGAGCUUGUUGGAUAUUGUUCUGAAUAUGGACAGCAUCUUUUAGUUUAUGAGUUUCUAAAAAACGGAUCUUUAUACGAUUUCCUACAUCUUUUGGAUGAAUAUAGUAAGCCAUUAAUAUGGAAUAGCCGUGUCAAAAUUGCUUUAGGGACAGCACGUGCAUUGGAAUAUCUACAUGAAGUAUGCUCGCCUUCUGUUAUUCAUAAGAACAUUAAAUCAGCCAAUAUCUUGCUAGAUUCAGAGCUUAAUCCUCAUCUUUCUGAUUGUGGGUUAGCUAGGCUUGUCUCAGAUGCAGAUCAGGAGGAGAAUGUUGGGUCUGGAUAUAGUGCCCCUGAGGUUUCGAUGUCUGGUCAGUACACGAUAAAGAGCGAUGUGUACAGUUUUGGUGUUACUAUGUUAGAAUUACUUACAGGAAGAAAACCUUUUGAUAGUUCAAGGACAAGGGCAGAACAGUCUUUGGUACAGUGGGCGACACCUCAGCUUCAUGACAUUGAUGCUCUUGCCAAAAUGGUUGAUCCGGCACUUAAAGGACUGUAUCCAGUCAAAUCUCUUUCUCGAUUUGCGGAUGUAAUCGCUCUUUGUGUACAGGCGGAGCCAGAGUUUCGGCCACCCAUGUCGGAAGUGGUUGAGGCGUUGGUAAGACUUGUGCAGAGGGCAAACAUGAGCAAGAGAACGGUUAGUCUUGAACAAGGUUCAGCUGUGCGGACCCGCGACCAGGAUUCUCCUCGGGAGAGUUGAUGAUUGUAUUUAUUUUUUUGAUUGUUAUCCUUUAUUAUUAAUCUUUAAAAAAAAUUGGUUUGGUUUUGGUUUAAUAAUUAUAUAUUGGUAUGGUUUUAGAUAACGUGUAGGAAACAACCGACAUUUGGAAGUGGAAGUUAAAGCAUUUAUUGAUUUUUGUUUCA